ACCUGUCACGGUCGGGGGGUCCUCUCCCGUGUCGAUGGGCACGAAAUGUGAGAGAGAGAAACGAAACUCAGAGCUCCACUGGCGCUUCUCAUCUGUUCUCAUAUCGCUCGAAUGACAGAUGAAAAGUAGUGGAGUGCAUUGACAAGUCUUCGUAGAGGACCCUGUUCUUCAUGCCUGAACAUGAAAAAGUGGCAGAUUAAUUGAUGCUAUUGAACGAGUAAUUAAAAUAAGGAAACAAUGACUUCAAUAUUCGAUCAGUACGAGAAAGCCUCUCAGCGUUCCAAGCCAUCUGGGCCAGAGCCCAUGAGGCCUGAUAUUAGCACAGCAGGUUUCAUUCAGAUGAAGCUCCAAGACGAAGAGCCCAUAUUCAUAAGGCAGAGAGUGAACUUUCGCCCUCCUGACAAUAUUCUCCACCUGGCAGUCAGCAGUAAUCUCAUCAUGAUUGCCAUGGCGAAUAACGUUAUCCUCAGGAUUGACGUCAAGAACCCAGAGAAGAAGGAGGAGAUUGAUGUGUCCAAGUGCAUGCCCCAGAUGAAAAUGAGUGGAUUAUUUCUGGAUCCACUUGGAAAUCACUUAUUACUGGCAUUGGCACCGAAGAAUGGAGAGAAUCCCCCCUCUGAAUUAUUUUAUCUCCACAAAACUGCGACGAAAUUAAAACCCGCUGGGAAAUUUCGAGGCCACGAAAUAACAGCUGUUGGCUGGAACUUCUCGAAUACCUCAGACACAACCACUGGUCCUAUUCUACUGGGAACCUCCAAAGGACUCAUUUUUGAAACUGAAAUUAGUCUUGACGCUGAUAAAAUUUUUAAUACGAGUCUGGAGCAAUAUUGGAAGCAGCUUCCUAAUUAUUUGCCUCUCUACGGAAGUAAAGAGGUAGAUGGACUGGUAUUCGAUAUAGGUGAACACAGUAAACCCCCAAUAACUGGUAUAGCAUUCCACAAGGUUCCAUACUCCGAUAAAUACGUGAUAAUAGUCACCACGAAGAUCCGGAUUUAUCAGUACAUAGGUUCGAUAACAAAUGCUCAGGAGAAGCCGUUACUCCAGCAAAUAUUCAGCAGAUAUUUGAAUGUGGAAGAACGGUUUAGCCAAUUGGAGAGCUCCCUACCAUAUUCAAGAAUGCAAUUCUAUUAUCCGGUACCAAAGGGCUUUCCAAAAUCGUUUGGAUGGCUGACUGAAACAGGAAUACUCUAUGCAGAGGUAAGCCCCAAGGCAGACCCUGACAAUGUCCUCGUAAACCAAGUGAUGCUCUAUUCCCCGGAGACAAGUCUCAGUGGUUCGACAGUGUCGACCUCCCAAAAUGCCCCCAUAAACUUUAUCCUCACGAAAUUCCACGCUCUGCUCUUAUACUCCGAUCACGUCAAAGGAAUUUCCCUCCUGAACCAAGAGUUGAUUUUCGAGGACGUGUACAACGACACAUUUGGAAAACUAGUCAACAUCACGAAGGACCCAAUGACUGGGGCGAUCUGGGCUCACACAGAGCGAGGGCUGUUCAAAUACAAAGUAACACGAGAGGAGAGAAACGUAUGGCAGGUGUAUAUGGAGAAGGGUGAGUUUGAGCUUGCGAAGCAGUACUGCAAGGGAAAUCCGGCACACAUCGACCAGGUGCUUGUGAAAGAGGCUGAAAUGCUGUUCAAAGCGAAUGACUACGAGAAAAGUGCAUUGAUUUACGCUGACACUCACUCCUCCUUUGAGGAGAUAUCCCUGAAAUUCCUGCAGGACUCCCAGAUCGAGGCCCUCAAGACCUUCUUAAAGAAGAAAUUGGAGGGCCUAAGGCCUCAGGACAAGACUCAGAUAACGAUGAUAGUAGUCUGGGUCGUCGAACUCUUCAUGAACCAGCUGGGCGCCCUCAGAGGCGACCAGUCCUCCUACCUCCAUAAUCCCAAGUACAUGGACUUGCAAAAACAAUUCGACAGCUUCUUGUGCAUUCCAGUCGUGGAGGAGUGCAUAAAAAAGAACUUGAGCACCAUCUACAACCUCAUGGCCAGUCAUGGCGAUAAAGAUAACUUAAUUCGCCUAACAAUAAUGCAUCGCAAUUACGAGGAAGUUAUUCGCCAGCAUUUGUACAAGAAUAAUUAUCUCGAGGCACUUGAGGUGCUCAAGAGCCAGGGGAAUAGGAAUUUAUUCUAUCAAUUUGCUGGGGCACUGCUGCAGGAGUUGCCAAAACCAACUGUUGCUGCUAUUAUUUCGCAGGGAAGCCAAUUGCAACCGUCGAGAUUACUACCGGCUUUGGUAUCGUGUGAUAGUGAUGAGAAACAUGCGAAAGAGGUGAUAAAGUAUCUUGAAUUCUGUGUUUACAAACAAAGUUGUCCAGAUCAAGCAAUUCACAAUUUAUUACUGUCACUCUAUGCCAGAUACAAACGAGAUGAGGUGAUGCGUUACAUAGGUUCUCAAGGUCAAGACAUAACGAUGGUGCACUACGACGUGCACUACGCCCUGCGUUUAUGCCAAGAAAAUGGUUUAACCGAUGCUUGCGUGCAGCUCUCCGCUUUAUUAGGCCUCUGGACUACAGCAGUUGAUCUUGCUUUAACCAUAGAUGUAGAUCUGGCUAAAAUAAUAGCUGCGAUGCCAUCGCACAACGACAACGAAUUGAAGAAAAAAUUGUGGUUGAAAAUAGCUGAACAUGUUGUUCGAGAACGCGAUGACAUUCAACAGGCAAUGGAAUUUUUGCAACAGUGUGAUCUGGUCAAAAUUGAGGAUAUUCUACCUUUUUUCUCGGAUUUCGUUACGAUUGAUCAUUUCAAGGAUGCUAUUUGCAAUUCUCUACAGGAAUACAAUCAACACAUUCAAGACCUAAAAGAGGAAAUGCAGGAUGCGACAAAGGCAGCUGAAAUAAUAAGAAAGGAUAUCCAGGCAUUUCGUACCAGAUGUACGUUUGUCCACGUGAGGGAUACGUGCAACUCGUGCGAAGUUCAACUUCUGUUGAGGCCAUUCUACGUAUUCCCCUGUGGCCAUCGAUUCCACAGCGAUUGCUUGAUCGCAGCGUUGACACCGAUGCUGUCGAUUGAGCAACAAACUAAAUUAGCCGAUCUCCAGAGGCAGCUCACAGCAGCAUCGAAGAAGUCGGAAGACACGACUUCGGUUGGAUCAGUUUCUCUAUCUACUAAGGAUCAAAUCAAGGCGGAUAUCGAUAAUCUCGUGGCGUCGGAGUGCUUGUACUGCGGAGAAUUUAUGAUCGAAUCUAUUGACAAACCUUUUAUCGAGGAGGAGAAUUACGAGAGAGUUAUGGCUGAGUGGAUAUAAGUUUAUUGAAGUCACGUAUAAAUAAAGUGAGAAAUUGUCCUAAGAGAAUGGGUGUAUAAUGAUUCAAUGAUAAUUUUUAUAAAUUAUUUUUGAAUUUAAUAAUAAAUGAAAUAUAAAUUGGCUGACGGAGUGGAUGGAGAGAAAUAAAAAUCAUUAUGCAGUUGAUUUAUUGACGAUGUUUGUCAGAUUUAUUGACAAACCUUCCAUCGAGGAAGAGAAUUACCAGAGAUUUAUGGCUGAGCGGAUGUAAGUUUACUAAAUGCACGUAUAAAUGAAGUAAGAAACUGUCCUAAGAGAACGGGUGUAUAAUGACUCAAUGGUAAUUUUUAUCAAUUAUUUUUGAAUUGAAUAAUAAAUAACAGAUAAAUAUAAAUUAGCCGAUGUGGAGUGGAUGGAGAGCAAUAAAAAUCUUCAUGCAGUUGUUUA